CUGCUGAUGAUUCAGGCAUUCGAUUUUGUUGUUUUUUUUUUGGUUUUUUUAGCAAAAUCUGAAUUUUUAAAAAAAUGAUACCAUUUCGACAAUUUCUUCGACCCAUUUCUAGAUCAGUAGUAAUCAGAAACGUAAAUCAACGUAAUUCUUCACAUUAUAUCGGCUAUCGGGAAUUAAAUUAUGAUCCCGCUCGACCAAAACAAAAAAUGAUGGCCGAAUUUCUGGCCGGUAUAAUGUAUUGGUGGAUUGGUUGGCAUUUCAUUACUGAUUGGCGUCAUUUAGUUGGUGAAUUUAUUUGGCCACAACGUUCCGAAUGGACAAAUAAAGAACUUGGUAUACCAGAUAAAUGAAAAUCAAAAAAAUCGAAAUGGAGAAUAUAUAUGCGAAUUUGAAAAACAUUGAUUUAUUAUUAUUAU